GAGCGCUGUUUUGGAGAUCGCGUGACUGACAAGACAUAUGAUCUGGCUGAUGUUAUGAUGUUAUGAAGUUUGCUAAUUGACGGUUCAUUACAACUCCGGUGUUAUCUGCGUUUCGGUGUGAUAUUAUGCACGACAUUUUGAACGCAGCGUUGAACUGAAAACAUGUCCGCUGGAAGACUUAUAGCAAUUGCUGUCGAUCCGAGUGACUACAGUGAAAAGGCAUUUGACUGGUUCAUGGCAAAUGUCUACCACGAAGGAGAUCGAUUGGUGGUCAUUCAUUCGCAUGAACUUCACCCUCCGGUUAUGCCUCACAUGAUUGCUACUGAGGAAUGGAAGCGAGAGGUUAUAAAACAUGAAAAUAUCAUUAAAGAACUAGAGAAAAAAUAUGAGAAAAAAUGCAAAACCUUGAAGCUGUCAGCAAAGAUUGUCAUCGAGUCUGGCCCCCCUGGACAAGAGAUUUGUAAAGUGGCCAAAAGGGAAGGAGCCACUUUCAUUGUGUUGGGCAGUCGUGGUGCAGGAACUGUGCGUCGCACCAUAUUAGGAAGUGUCAGUGACUAUGUUAUUCACCAUGCUCACAUACCAGUGGUAGUGGUACCAAAGGAGUAGGAGAAACACACUCUUCACUACCCUGCUAAGAAGAGAGUAAAGAGGCAGUAAAUUUAAAUAUUAUAACAGUGUUGUCAUAGAAUUUUUUUAUACUCAUUUGAAAUUUGUUCAAAAUUAAAGAUGGAAAAUAGGAAAAAGUGAGAGUACAAUGAUGUUUUAGAGCAGUCAUAAUUACAUAAAUAUGUAUUUCUGGCAUUUAAUUAAAUAUACUUUAUUUAAUAUAAUCACUGGAAAUUAAGUUAUCCCAAUUUUCAGUGAAAUAGAUAAUUCAGUUUUACACAUUUUUUGACUGUGAGAUUGUAUUGAUUUUGUUCAGCGACUGUCGUAUGCAAAAAAAAAAAAAAAGAAAAGAAAAAAAUAGCCACGGUGAAAUAUUUAGAAUUACAGUCAAAUUAUCCCCGUCAACUAGUCCCCACGUGUCAUUUAUCUUUACGUGUAAAAUGUCACGCAUUCUGUCACGGCUCAGUGCGCGAUUGGGUGGAAAGGAAACACUUGUUAUUGGCUGUUCAUUUUCGAGUGUUAGCUUGACUGAAAUCAUGGCGGGUACAGAAGGCAGAGUUGUAUGUAUAGCUGUGGAUGGAAGCGAACACAGUGAGAAAGCGUUUGACUG